UACUGCAAACAGAGGAAAGUGUUGCAAUUUUUUUUUAGAAGAAAGAACAUUUGUUGGCAUCUCUUUUUCUCAGCAAAUGCUUUUUUUAGCCCUGAUCUUCAUACACGUAUCUGUGGGCAGGAUUGGAAAAGGCAUUCAAAGAAGUUGGACCUCAGUUCUCCCUUCCUGAACGUGACCAAUUUUGGCUUCAAAUGUAUGAAAAUUACAAUGUGAUGAAUCGACUGCCUAUAGGUUUUGUAUGUCAGUCUCCCUGAGCUUGGGAGAAACCAGAGCUCCUUUUUAUCCAAGAAAAAACAUUGGAGUCAUCUCAUUCAGCUGACCAGCUGGUAGACCACCUUGGGAUCCAAUGAUGGUGAUGAUUCUGGGGCUACUGAUCCUGCUGGCUGACAUUUUGGGUUCCAGAGCUGCUGCUGAAUCCUUGACAGCCGAAGUUCUUGACCUCAUGAAGGCAUCCCCGUUAAUCGAUGGACACAAUGAUCUGCCCCUGAAACUAAGAUGGUUAUACCAGAACAAGCUAAGCACAAUCGAUUUGAAGACACUCAGCGCUACAAACACAAACAUUGAGAAGCUCCAGGCUGGCCAUGUUGGGGUGCAGUUUUGGUCAGUGUACGUUCUCUGCGGUGCACAGGACAAAGAUGCUGUCCGUUUGACACUAGAACAAAUUGAUGUUGUCAAACGGAUGUGUGGAGACUAUGAAGAAUUGGAACUGGUGACAUCAUCUGCAGGCAUUGAGAAUCUUGGCAAUGGUAAGAUAGCAUGCUUGAUUGGCAUUGAAGGUGGGCAUUCCAUUGACAGCAGUCUGGCAACCCUGAGGAUGUUCUAUGAUCUGGGUGUUCGGUACAUGACUUUGACGCAUACUUGCAACACUCCCUGGGCAGAAACUUCGACAAAACACAUACAUAGUUUCUAUCCUGAUGUUAAAGGCUUGAGUCCUUUUGGCAAAGAAGUGGUGAAGGAGAUGAAUCGCCUCGGUAUGAUGGUAGACUUAUCUCACACUUCUGAUGAGACAGCAAAAGCAGCUCUUGGGGUCUCCAAAGCACCCGUCAUUUUCAGCCAUUCUUCUGCCUUCUCCGUCUGUAACCAUUCCAGGAACGUUCCAGAUGAUAUUCUCCUACAGCUAAAAGAGAAUCGUGGAAUUAUAAUGGUGACACUCCCUGUGAAGUUUCUGGCUUGUGGGAAUGAGGCCAUUAACAUUUCAACUGUUGCAGAUCACUUUGAUCACAUAAAGAAAAUUGCAGGUUCAUUUUCAAUAGGAUUUGGCAGUGACUUUGAUGGAGAAAACAGAUUUCCUGCGGGGCUGGAAGAUGUUUCAAAAUAUCCAGCUUUAAUUGAAGAACUGCUGAGGAGAGGUUGGACCAAGACAGAACUUCGUGGGGUUUUAAGAGAGAACUUACUUCGAGUUUUCAAGGAAGUAGAAGAUGUGAAGAAGAACUUGCAGGAGAAGGCAAGUGAAGUGGAAAUCCCAUUUGAGCAGCUUGAUCAAACCUGUCACUUACAGCUAAGCCCCCCAGCCUCAGCAAGGAGCGGCACCUACAGAGUGCUAUUUGGGGGGGUACUUGAGAGCCUCGUAUUCACUAUUGGAAUGUGCAUGAUGCUACGCUGAAUUUGAUUCUGACAACAGCGCCGAGGACUGCUUCUUCCAAAAUUAGGAUAGAUAUUGAAGAACAAUGCAACUCAGUGUGCCACUAAGUCUGGAACCAUCAAUGCUUCCUGUUUCAUUUUCACAGAAGGCUAAAAGAAUAAGAUGAUUUCGGGGUACCAAAGGAAACACUGCCCAAACAGAGCCUUAAUUUCCAUAAACACCACAUGAGCGCAUGCAUACGUACAUGCUCAGCCCAGAAUGAAAUUUAUUCACACACACAUCCAAUCACUAACAGCAUAAUCUGGUGCAUAUUUAAUUCCUGUUAAGUUCAGUGGGACUUCCUCCAAGAUUUUUCUUUGAGUAAAUACGAAUGGGAUUGCACUGUGAAUUUCUUAUCCCUUGAUUAUUCCAUAUGAUGGCCUAAGGAGAUCCCCAUGACAGAAGGUGCUGUGGAAAAAAAAAGUUUAUUGCAGAUAUUUGAAAUGAAUUGAUGAUGGAACCCUGAAAAUGGAGAGGGACAACUACAGUGAUGAGAAGUCCCCCCCUGUUCACAGUUCCCAAACUAGGUGCCCCCCAGAUCAGGUUUAACACUGAGGUUAGAGCAUUGUCUGAAGACCUCAAGAAACUCUCAGAGAUUUCUUUUAAGUAGUCUUGACUUAAAAUGAUACUGCAAUUACACCUGUUUUUGUGAAUCAGAUAAUCAAUAGGCCAACAUCUGGAGAUCGCUGGGAUGGAGAAGCUGGGAUAAAUUCUUUAUAGUCCAUCUUAUCUCUAUUUACAGAGGUGUUCUGUUAGUUUUUAAAAAACAGUGUUUUAAUAGUUUGCUGCCAGCUGCUUUGGGCAAUUUUAGCAGAAAGGUAAAAUGAAGCACGUGUGCAAUAAAUGUCAGUUGAGAACUGGAUUAAGAAGCAAAAUUUAAGAGCAUUUAAGGGAAGGAAUGCAGGAACAGGUAAAGUGUGGAUGCAGGAUGGGAAAAUGAAAGUAUUUGCCUGAGCAUUUUGUGAUUCCAUUGUUUGUGAUAUCUGACACACACUCCUAGCCUUUUAAUAAUAGUUCUAAUUUUUGUAUUUGUUGAAUGUUUUUUAAAAUAGUUUUUAUGGAGGCCACCCAGAGUCGCAUUCUGUGAGAUGGGUGGCUGUAUAAAUAUGAUACAUACAUACAUACAUACAUAAAUCUUUGUUUCCUUUAUACUGGAGAGAAUUCUGAAAAUGAGGAGCCCUAAUCAACAUGUGAUUGUACCUAUUUGUGAUGCUACUCUGGCAACCAGAUCCAGCAUAAUCUUAGCAAAUUAGGAACAAUUCAGGUGUCCUAAUCCAGCAGCAGUGCUGUUCUAAAUCUUGGGUAAAGUAACAUUUUCUAGAGCUCAUUCAACCUACUUAACUAGGACAAUUUUAACCCUACUAGAUUGUUUGUAUACAACCUUUGCUUCCUGCUAACCUUAUAUAGUUUGGGUAGCUUGGAUUGAACACUCCCUAAAGACUUCCCCCCACCCCAGUCCAGAGGCUGUAUUCACACAUCUCUCUAAAUUAUAACAUGGUCUCUUUUGGUUUAGUUUAGUAUGUUGUGUGAAAACAGCGAUUAUGAUUUGUACACCAUACUUUAUGGGUUAAUGUGAUGCUUGAACCCAUCCAUUGUGGGUUUUUUCAACAAGCCUUGCUUAAACCAUGCUUUAGCAGACUGUGUGAAUACAGUGAGUGGAAAAUGCCUGGGAUCUUUCAGUAAAAUAUUUAUUUUAAGUAUUGCUCUGACUUCCUUUGGAAUAAAGUUGGUAUUAUUACUUGUUAUUCAUCAAGGUAUUACAUAAUACAACAAACAAAAAAUCACAUCUUUGACUGGAAAUGCGAGUCGGAAAUGUGAGUUCCAGCCAGGAACCUAGGAAAUAUCCAAGCGAUAUUGUAAGAUUGCCAGCAAAAUGAGUUUUGGGGUUGUUUUGGCAAUAACCAAGUAUUUUGUUUUUGUAAAUGUGUUCAGCCUGUUAUUCUGCCAAAUGUACUGAUAACUGUAAGGAUGAUUUUGCAAGAUCUUUUCUGUUUUCAAUCUAUUUUAAUAGUUAAAUAUCUAUAUUUUAUAACUUUUCCCACUGCUUUUCUUUUAUUUCUGUUGUUCCCAGAUACAACUAUAAAAAAUUACUAUUUUCCGUUAUAUCUGCUGUGUUCUUUUCCAGAUAACUGUUUGUAUAUGAAAACCUCACAAAAUGUUAACAUUUUCAACAAGUUUAUUUUGGGAUCAUACCACAUUUGGGAAAUGAUAGUUUUACCACAAAUACCAGUGGCUCAUAAUGGCUACUUUGCUAUGACAUUGUUUAUAGACAGCCUGAAUUAAUGUUGCAUCCAUUAAUGAUGUAAUCCACGGUUUUAUUUUUUUUUUACAAAAAAAGUCUGCCUUUGGUGCUGAUGAAUCCUUGAUUUCAUCAAGUUUGUUUGCAAUGCUUGUUCUUGUUUGCAGAAAUUAAGCCAUCCAUUUCCUUCCCGACAGCUAUUGACAAUUCCUGGUCUCGCCCACUUUGUUUUCAAUUUUUUUUAUGCAUUGGCCAUGUUACAGUUUUCUUCUCCAAUUUUCUAAACAGUUUUUCAACUGUUCAUUUUGAUGGUCCUGUUUUGCAUAUGCCAUUUGAGGAUGUUUUCUUCAGUGAGCAUCUUCUCUUUGUUUGCUUGAUGUAAUCAUUUAAUCCACAUUUUUCUUCUUCAACUGCCUGCUUUACCUGCAGUAAACCACAGCCUCCAAUUUGUCCAGUCUACUACAUCAUCAGUAUAUCUGCUUACUGGUAUCACCCAUGUAUUUAAGGAUUUGAUUGUAUUUCCACUAUUUAACUUUGAAUUUAAAAAGUUUAGCAUUCAUUUUAAAUGUUCUAAACUGGUUUUCUUUUGAACUUCCCCAUGCAAUAUGUUGUUUGAUCCGAGUGUUCCUAGAUAUUGCUAGCUUUCUUCUGUGGCAAAGGUUUAACGAGAUCCCCAUUUUUGAAUUUUACCCUUUCAUUGUGUUCAAUUUUCCUUUCUUUAUGCUGAGCGUUGCACAUUUGUCAAAUACAACUUCCAUUUUGAUUUCCUCAAUAGAUAGCCUUACAUUUUAAGUAAGAAUUUUAUUUUUUUUUUCCCCCUAGAGCUUCGAAUCACAUAAGCAUAACAGAUGGGAUUUCUUCUGUUUGCUUUGAAAGUUGAUAUCCAAGUUUAGUUUUAUUCAGGAUAUGAGUAAAGGGUAUCACUGAGAUGGUAAAAAGCAAUGGAGUCAAUGAAUCCCCUUGAAAAAAUCUCUCCUGAUGCUUACAUUUCCAAUUUCUUUAUCAUUUUACCAUCAACAUUGCUUUCCAUUUUUUUCAUUGCUGCUUUUCCAGAAUUCUGGAUAUUUGCACUAGUGCCAACUAUUUCCAAACAUUUCUGUAUCCAACAGAAAUCUCUCUGAGAGGGAAUCAGAUACCUUUUUUAAUCAAUCCAUUGGUAUCUCUUCACUUGGAGUUGUUUAUUACCAUUUUAACAUUUAGCAAAUGAGCUUUUGCUCUGCAUAAAUAUUGGCAGUUACCUUUUUGUUCAGGUGGAUACAAUGAAAUUUUGAAUAUGUAACUCAGUCACAUUUAUUAACAUACCAAUUAGCAGUUUGCAUGCUGGCAAGGAAGCAAUUGGUCUGUAAUUGCUUCCACUUACACCCUUGUCUUUUAUUAUUAAAAAUGUUGUAUUAAAUUGAACAUUUAAUUGCAUAGCCAAUCUUUCAUGGAGAGUCAUCAGAUGUUUAAGUCAAAAUCCAUGUAUUUCAUCUUGGUGCACUCCAGUUCCUCAACCUCUUUGCUUGUUUUUUAAUAAUUUAUCAUGUUACAACUUUAACAUCCAUUAUGAUGGAGCAAAUGUUCUUUUUAUUUUGCAUCUUUAUUGUGUUCUUUCUGAUUAUCCCAGAUGUUUGUUCAAAAUUUUGUUGAUCCAUUAAUCUCUGUUCACCUUUAUCAUGACAAGUAUCUAUGUCUGUAGUAUUCCUCAGUAAUGCUGUAUAAAACAAAUGCUGGCUUGUUCAAAAUGGCUAAUGUUGUCAAAAUUGAUUCAUUCUAAAUUAUAUAAUUCAGUUUUUGUUUGAAAUAGGCAUGACUUGCUAUUUAAUUCUUCUUAGAUUUCUGUAAUCUUCUUAGUGUCAAGAUUAUAUCUGUAAAUUUUCUUUAAUCUCUUUUGUUUUACUCUUCAAAUUCUUCAAAUUGCUGAUAAUCAGCUUGCAAUGUAUUGAAUUUUCUUUCCAAUCAAAUAUUUCAUUUUGUGAUUGAUUUUGUUGCUUAUAUUUCAUAACAUUGUAUUCCAACUCUGAUGUUAUCACAGCUGCUGUGCUAUGAAUUUGCUGGUUCACUUCAGCCAAGGUGUAUGUUUCAAUAUUUUCUACUGCCCAAUAUUUCUUCAAAAAUUUUGAUAGUUCUGUUUAGUCAUCUUUUUCAAUAGUGGAGACCUUUCCCUAUGAUUUGAAAUGAAA